CGAGAUGCCCCCAAAGUGCCCCGAAGAGGCCUCCGUAUCCAUUUUGGCUCAAGCGGGUUUGGCUCAAGCCAUUCGGGCUCAGACCUACGGUAUUCCCGUCAAAAAGCGUUUCUUCAUGGCUGCGGCGGCGAACCAGGCAGUGACAAACAUGUGCGGGAAGGAAUUCCAACCUCCAGCUCGGGUGGGCAUCGACACGGGUUUGAUGGGCGCUGAUCCCGAGCGCCACGCCAUCGACGAGGCAGAGCUGGCGGAUGAGAAGGAGGAGGCGGAGGACCAAGGCUCGGGUACGUCCGAGGAGGUGCAAGACCAAGGCCGCCACCGCAUGGCACGCGGCCGAGAGCGGCAGGACCGUACCCCUUCCCCGAUGGCGAGGGUCCGCGUCGACGACACCUCCGACAUGAUGCUGGCAGAGUUCAGCGACGUCGGCUGGGAAACCCGGGCCAUGCGCCAACGGCAGGCGCAGAUCACCAUCCGCGUCCGGAGGCUGGUGCGCGCCGAGCAGAACCGCACCGUCACCAUGCUGGAGCGCCGCCUCUGCGGGCUUGUUUUCAAGAACCUCUGCAGACAGCCCUUCGCCAAUCUGCCCCUCGUGGGCGGGGAGUCCGCGGGGCGUAAGCUCACACGCGAGUAGGCGCAAUGCAGAGUCAAGCAGCGACGGCUGUAGCAGCGAGUUAGCGCACGUCCCGCAGGCGUGGGCUCUGUCUAGGUCUGGUUUUCGCUUUGCGCGCGGGUGGCACGUGCGAUUUAUAUUUUUGGUGCCAUUGCCAGUUCAUGUUUAAAUGUCACCGUCAAUUCAGCGGCAGGGGAGCUCAGGCUCUGAACUCCGUGACUCUGGCUCCUCGGGCGGCCUUUUCGCCGACACGUCGUGGGCAUAGUCUCCUGGCCUGGCCAUGGGGGCAGGCCCUGUCGUGGUGUGGCCUGUGUAGCUCUUUCUGUGCAGGCCUCGGCGCCGCCGGUAUUGGGUCGGCGGCAUGUGGCCGGGGCGUGCGCUCACACGCUAGUAGGCGCAAUGCAGAGUCAAGCGGCGACGGCGGCAGCGGCGAGUUGGCGCACGUCCCGCAGACGUGCUGGCGGCCCGCCCCGUGAUCCUCUCUGGGGGCGAGUCGCACCUUGCUAGCACGCUGGAUGGGCUAUUGCCUGUCCCCUUCUCUGUGCACGCUAGGCGCGAUCACUGCGCGGCGUCCGCCAGGGCAGUGCGUUAUCCAUUUCUCCCCCUUCACUCCGUUCACCUCCGCUUUGCGCGUCGUCAUCUGCAGGGUAUGGCUCGACUCCCGCAGAACCAAGCACUGUUUUUUUCCGUGACCUGGACCUGGAAGGGCAGUGAAGAUGGGCGUGACGACCUUGAGCACUCCCACGCUGGAGGAAUCCGAUUGAUUCAGGAAAAAACAAAAAGUGCCCCGAAGAGGCCCCC